GGAGGCACUGGCGACACUGGAGGCACUGGGAGCAUUGGAAGCACCAGGGAUGCUGGAGGCACCCGGGAUAGUGGAGGCACCGGGAUGACUGGAGGAACUGGAGACACUGGGAGCACCCAUGUCCUCAGGGGCACCAGGAGCACCAGGAAUACUGGACACACCAGGGACACCAACAUCUCUGUGGACACCCGGAGCACUGUGAACAUGCUGACCACUGGGGGUUUUGGGGGCACUGGGAGCACUCCAGUCCCCAAGGACACCAGAAAUUCUGAACUCACUGGGGAGACUGGGAGAGUCCUCAGCAACAUCAGGAAAGCUGUGGACGCUGGACAUGCUGGGAAUACCAACAUCCCCAGGGAGACCAGUGACACUGGGGAUGAGAUGGACACUGGGGAUGUUGGGGAGUCCCAGACCACAGUGGUCCUCAGAGCCCCCAUACCUCACCACCGCCCCUGCCGCAGCCCCAACACAGCACCACAGUUCCAGCCCUCCAGCUACCAGGCCACAGUGGAGGAGAACCAGCCAGCAGGCACAUGGGUGACACAGGUGACAGCACAGGACCCUGAUGAGGGGGAGGCAGGCCGGCUGCACUACACCAUGGCUGCACUCUUCGACAGCCGCUCCGAUGCCCUCUUCACCGUGGACUCUGUCACUGGUGCCAUCAGCACUGUUGCACCGCUGGACCGUGAGAGCAAGAGCACUCACGUGUUCCGCCUGACAGCAGUGGACCACGGGAUACCCCGGCGCAGUGCCAUGGCCACACUGACAGUGACAGUGAGUGACGCAAACGAUCACGACCCGGCCUUCGAGCAGCCAGAAUACCGGGAGAGCGUGCGAGAGAAUCUGGAGGUGGGCUAUGAGGUACUGACAGUGCGGGCCACAGAUGGUGAUGCUGGUCCCAAUGCCAAUAUCCUCUACCGCCUCCUCAAUGCUGGUGAUGCCAGUGAGGUGUUUGAGAUCGAUUCCCGCUCAGGCGUCAUCCGCACCCGUGGCCCUGUGGACCGGGAAGUGGUGGAUGCCUUUGAGCUGUUGGUGGAGGCCACAGACCAGGGCCAGGAUCCAGGUCCCCGGAGUGCCACAGCCACUGUCCGCAUCGCUGUGGAGGAUGACAAUGACAAUGCGCCGCAGUUCAGUGAGCGGCGUUAUGUGGCUCAGGUCCCUGAGGACGCGGUACCCAAUGUGGCGGUUCUGCAGGUGAUGGCCACCGACCGUGACAAAGGCAGCAAUGCGCUGGUGCACUAUAGCAUUGUCAGCGGCAACAGCCGUGGGCACUUCUACAUUGAUGCCCAGACAGGCACGCUGGAUGUUGUUACCCCCCUGGACUAUGAGAUCACCAAGGAGUUCAACCUGCGCAUCCGGGCGCAGGAUGGUGGUCGCCCACCUCUCUCCAACAUCAGCGGUUUGGUUACCAUCCAGGUGUUGGAUGUCAAUGACAACGCACCCAUCUUUGUCAGCACGCCCUUCCAGGCCACCGUGCUGGAGAAUGUCCCUGUGGGCUACUCUGUCAUCCAUGUACAAGCCAUUGAUGCUGAUUCAGGUGACAACAGCCGAUUAGUUUACACCCUGCUGGAAACUGGCCCCAGCUUCCCCUUUGCCAUCAACAACAGCACCGGGUGGAUCAUGGUGGCCUCUGAGCUGGACCGGGAGGUGGUUGACUUCUACAGUUUCGGGGUGGAGGCGCAGGACCAGGGCAUCCCCCCAAUGGCCUCCACGGCCAGUGUCAGUGUCACCAUCCUGGAUGUCAAUGACAACAGCCCUGAGUUCACCCAGCGGGAGUAUGGCACCCGCCUGAACGAGGACGCGGCAGUGGGCACCAGUGUCCUGACUGUCUCUGCCGUUGACCGUGAUGCUAACAGUGUCAUCACAUACCAGAUCUCCAGCGGCAACACCCGCAACCGGUUCUCCAUCACCAGCCAGAGUGGUGGUGGGCUCAUCUCUCUUGCCCUGCCCCUAGACUACAAGCUGGAGCGACAGUACCUGCUCACCAUUGCUGCCUCUGAUGGCACCCGCCAGGACACUGCCCGGGUUGUUGUCAAUGUCACCGAUGCAAACACCCACCGCCCCGUCUUCCAGAGCUCCCACUACACCGUCAACAUCAAUGAGGACCGGCCAGUAGGCACAACAGUGGUGGUCAUCAGUGCCACAGACGAGGACACAGGGGAGAACGCCCGCAUCACCUACCUGAUGGAGGACAGCAUCCCCCAGUUCAGCAUUGCCACUGAGACUGGUGCUGUCACCACCCAGAUGGAGCUGGACUAUGAGGACCAGGUGUCUUACACCUUGGCCAUCACAGCACGGGACAAUGGUAUCCCGCAGAAAUCUGACACAACUUACCUAGAGAUCCUGGUGAGUGAUGUCAAUGACAAUGCACCCCAGUUCCUCCGUCAUUCCUACCAGGGAUCCAUCUAUGAGGAUGUCCCCACCUUCACCAGUGUCCUCCAGGUCUCUGCAACUGACCGUGACUCUGGGCUCAAUGGCAGGGUCUUCUACACCUUCCAGGGGGGUGAUGAUGGUGAUGGUGACUUCAUCAUUGAGUCCACCUCAGGCAUUGUCCGCACCUUGCGCCGUCUGGACCGGGAGAAUGUGCCUCUCUAUUCCCUGCGGGCAUUUGCUGUGGAUAAGGGAGUCCCAGCCCGGAGAACGCCAGUGGAGAUCCUAGUGACAGUGUUGGAUGUCAAUGACAACCCGCCCGUGUUUGAGCGGGACGAGUUUGACAUCUUUGUGGAGGAGAACAGCCCCAUUGGGCUUGUGGUAGCCCGGAUCACCGCCACUGACCCCGACGAGGGCACCAAUGCCCAGAUCAUGUACCAGAUUGUGGAAGGCAAUAUCCCCGAGGUCUUCCAGCUGGAUAUCUUCUCUGGAGAGCUCACCGCCCUUGCUGACCUGGACUAUGAGACCAAGGCCGAGUACAUCAUGGUGGUCCAGGCAACCUCGGCCCCACUGGUCAGUCGGGCCACCAUCCAUGUGCGCCUGCGUGACACCAAUGACAACAGCCCCCAGCUCAAGAACUUCGAGAUCGUCUUCAACAACUACAUCACCAACCGCUCCGGCAGCUUCCCUGGGGGCAUCAUCGGCCGCAUCCCUGCCCACGACCCCGACAUCUCUGACCACCUCACUUACGCGUUUGAACAGGGCAAUGAGCUCAACCUUGUGCUGCUGGACCCACACAGUGGGGAUCUGCGCCUCAGCCCGGCCCUGGAUAACAACCGCCCACUUGAGGCUGUCAUGAGGGUGUCUGUCUCUGAUGGCGUUCACAGCGCAACAGCACAGUGCACGCUGCGGGUGACCGUGAUCACAGAUGAGAUGCUCAGCAACAGCAUCACCCUGCGUUUGGCCGACAUGUCCCAGGAGCGAUUCUUGUCCCCCCUGCUCAGCCGUUUCCUGGAGGGGGUGGCCACUGUCCUAGCCACCCCCCGCCACCGCGUCGUCCUCUUCAACAUCCAGACAGACACAGACGUGGGGACGGCGCGGAUCCUCAAUGUCAGCCUCUCGGCCCUGCUGCCGGCAGCGGUGCCAGGCGCGUCGCGGUUCUUCUCGUCGGAGGAGCUGCAGGAGCGGCUGUACCUUAACCGGUCUCUCCUGGCGGCCACCACGGCCCAGCACGUCCUGCCCUUUGAUGACAACGUGUGUCUGCGCGAGCCGUGCGAGAACUACAUGCGCUGCGUCUCCGUCUUGCAGUUCGACAGCUCCGCGCCCUUCCUCGCCUCCGACACCAUCCUUUUUCGCCCCAUCCACCCCGUCACGGGCCUGCGCUGCCGCUGCCCGCCUGGCUUCACCGGCGACUACUGCGAGACUGAGAUCGACCUCUGCUACUCCAGCCCCUGCGGCAGCAAUGGGCGGUGCCGGAGUCGUGAGGGCGGAUACACCUGCGAGUGCCAUGAAGACUUCACCGGGGAGCACUGUGAGCUGAGUGCCCGGGGGGGCCGCUGCACCCCGGGGGUCUGCCGGAAUGGGGGCACCUGCCUGAACCUGCUGGUGGGGGGAUUCUGGUGCCAGUGUCCCCCUGGGCAUUAUGAGAAGCCCUUCUGCACCAUGAGCACCCGCAGCUUCCCCCCGCACUCCUUCCUCACCUUUCGUGGCCUCCGCCAGCGCUUCCACUUCACCCUUGGCCUCACGUUUGCCACACAGGAGCAGGACGGGCUCCUGCUUUAUAACGGGCGCUUCAAUGAGCGGCAUGACUUCGUGGCACUGGAGAUUGUGGAUGAGCAGCUGCAGCUCACCUUCUCAGCAGGUGAGACCACCACCACGGUGUCACCCUUUGUGCCAGGAGGUGUCAGCGAUGGGCAGUGGCACCGGGUGCAGCUGCACUACUACAACAAGCCGGUUGUGGGGCGCUCGGGGGUCCCACAGGGCCCCUCAGAGCAGAAGAUAGCUGUGGUGACUGUGGACGACUGUGACACGGCCAUGGCCCUGCGCUUCAGGCCCCGCCUCGGCAACUACUCCUGCGCUGCCCAGGGCAUCCAGACUGGCAGCAAGAAGUCAUUGGACCUGACGGGGCCACUGCUGCUGGGGGGGGUCCCAACGCUGCCCGAGAGUUUCCCGAUCCGCAGCCGACACUUCGUGGGGUGCAUGCGGCACCUGCACAUUGACCAGCGUCCCGUGGACAUGGCAGCCUUCAUUGCUAACAAUGGCACCCUGCCCGGUUGUCCCCCCAAGAAGACCCUGUGUGACACCAAUACAUGCUACAACGGUGGCACCUGCGUGCAUGAGUGGGGAGGGUUCAGCUGCCGCUGCCCGCUGGGCUUUGGGGGCAAAACCUGCCAGGAGGAGAUGGCGGCCCCGCAGCGGUUCGUCGGCAGCAGCCGCGUGGCGUGGAACGGGCUGGCGCUGCCGCUCUCCAUGCCCUGGCCAGUCCGCAUCAUGUUCCGCACUCGCCACCCCCGCGGGGUUCUGCUGCGGGCGGGGGCCGGAGGCCGUCUUACCCUCAUCCUGCAGCUGAGCGAGGGGCAGGUGGAGGCUGGUGCCUGGCAAGGGGGGGCCCGUUUGGCCACCCUGCGUCUGCCCCAGGCCAAAGUCAAUGAUGGUGCCUGGCACCACGUGGAGCUGGAGCUGCGGGGGGGCCCUGGACGCAGCCCCUCUGCCACCCUCCUCCUCCUCACCCUCGACUACGGCCGCCACCAGGCGGUGGGCGAUGUCUCUGGAGAGCUGCAGGGACUGCGGCUGCACACACUGAGCCUCGGGGGGCUGCUGGGGGACAGUGGCGCCGUGGAGGAGGGGUUCCAGGGGUGCCUGCAGGGCCUGCGUGUUGGGGACCCUAUGGUGACGGCGGGCACCCUGAGCCUGGCACAGGCAGCGCAGGUGAACGUGGAAGGGGGCUGUGCCCUGCCCGAUCCCUGUGACUCGGGGCCCUGCCCCCCCCACAGCUACUGCAGCGACGAUUGGGACAGUUUCUCAUGUCGCUGCCACCCUGGGUACUUCGGUGACAGCUGUGUCAGUGCCUGUGCCCUGGACCCCUGCGAGCCUCCGGGCACCUGUACCCACCGCCCAGGCACGGCCCUUGGCUAUGCCUGUCACUGUCCCCCAGGCACCUUCGGGGCCCUCUGCCAGCACCGGGAGGUGCAGCCAUGCCCUCGGGGGUGGUGGGGACACCCCACGUGCGGCCCCUGCAGCUGCGAUGUCACCCACGGCUUCGACCCAGACUGCAACAAGACCACUGGCGAGUGUCGCUGCAAGGACAACCACUACCGCCCACCAGGAGAGGACACGUGCCAUCCCUGUGAGUGUUACCCCACUGGGUCGCUGUCGCGCCGCUGCGAUGCCAACACUGGGCAGUGUCCCUGCAAAGCUGGUGUCAUCGGCCGCCACUGUGACCGCUGUGACAACCCCUUCGCCGAGGUGACGGCCAGUGGCUGCGAAGUGAACUAUGACAGCUGUCCCCGGGCCAUCGAGGCCAGCAUCUGGUGGCCCCGCACUCGGUUUGGGCUGCCAGCUGCAGCCCCCUGCCCCAAGGGCUCUGUUGGCACAGCACUGCGCCACUGUGACGAGCACAAGGGCUGGCUGCCCCCCAACCUCUUCAACUGCAGCGCGCUGGCCUUUGCUGCCCUUCGCCCCUGGGCAGAGCAGCUGGUGGGCAAUGAGUCGCGGUGGGAUGCGGGGCAGUCCCGGCGCGUGGCACUGGCGCUGCGUGAAGCGAUGCGUGAGACCCGUGGGUACUUUGGCAGUGACGUGCAUCUGGCAUACCGGCUGGCGGGGGCCCUGCUGCGCCAUGAGAGCCGCCAGCGCGGCUUCCACCUUGCUGCCACCCAGGACGUUCACUUUACUGAGAACCUGCUGCGGGUGGGCAGUGCGCUGUUGGACAUGGGGAACAAGCGGCAUUGGGAGCUGAUCCAGCAGACGGAGGGUGGCACGGCUCAGCUGCUGCGGCACUUUGAGGAGUAUGCACGAGCCCUGGCACGGAAUAUGCCCCAGACUUACCUCAGCCCCUUCACCAUUGUCACCCGUAACAUCGUGGUGUCGGUGGUGCGGCUGGACAAGAGCAGCUUUGCGGGUGCCCGCCUGCCACGGUAUGAGGCGUUGCGGGGGGAGAAACUCCCGGACCUGGAGACGACCGUCAUCCUGCCUGACAGCAUCUUCUGGCCCCCUGAGGACAGGCGCCCCUCAACCGGGCAUGGGCAGGCACCACAGGGCGCAGGUGGGCAGGAGGAGGAGGAGGAGGAGGAGGAUGAAGCAGGCGAAGAGGAGGAGGAGGAGGAGGCAGGGAUGACUGUGGUGACCCGGCACAAGCGCCACCCAUCCCUGGGUGAGGGCCAGGCCAUCGCCAGCGUCAUCAUCUACCGCACCCUGGCUGGUCUUCUGCCCCAGCACUUCGACACCGACAAGCGCAGCCUCCGGGUGCCCAAGCGCCCCAUCAUCAACACACCAGUGGUGAGCAUCAGCGUGCACAUGGGGGGCAUGGAUGGCGUGGGGGGCACAGGGACCCCCCAGGCGCUGGCCAAACCUGUCACACUCCAGUUCCGCCUGUUGGAGACCCAGGAGCGCUCCAAGCCCAUCUGUGUCUUCUGGAAUCACACUUUGUGGGCGGGCAGUGUAGGCGGCUGGUCGGCACGAGGCUGCGAAGUCGUCUUCCGCAACCAGAGCCACGUCAGCUGCCAGUGCCACCAUCUGACCAGCUUUGCCGUCCUCAUGGACAUCUCCCGCCGAGAGAACGGGGAGGUGCUGCCGCUGGCAGCACUCACCUACGGCUCACUGGGCGUGGGGCUGGCGGGCCUGGCGCUGGUGGUCCUGGCCCUGGGGACCCCGAGGCGGCUGCGCUGCAACCGCCACAGCAUCCGCCGGCACGGCACAGCUGCACUGCUGCUCGCACAGCUCGUCUUCCUGCUUGGCAUCAACCAGGCCGAUGUCCCGCUGGCGUGCACCGUGGUGGCCAUCCUGCUGCAGUUCCUGUACCUGAGUGCGGUGGGCUGGGCACUGCUGGAGGCGCUGCACCUGUACCGGCGCCGCAGUGAACCCCGUCACGUCGACCGUGGUCCCAUGCGCUUCUACCAUGUACUGGGCUGGGGACUGCCUGCCUUCAUCACCGGGCUGGCGGUGGGGCUGGACCCCGAGGGCUACGGGAACCCCGACUUCUGCUGGCUGGCCCUGAACGACAGCCUAGUUUGGAGCCUGGCCGGGCCCUGCGCUGCCGCCCUCGCUGUUGGCAUCUUCUUCCUGGUGCUAGCGGCUAAGGCCACCUGUGCCACCCCCCAGGGCUUCCAGAAGAAGGGCUCAGCGUCUGGGGUGCGCACAGCUGCAGUCCUGCUGGCCGUGCCCAGCCUGGCCUGGCUUCUGGCCCUGCUCUCAGUCAACAGUGACACGUUGCUCUGUCACUACCUGUUCGCUGCCUCCAACUGCCUCCAGGGCCCCCUUAUCUUCCUGUCCUGUGUGGUGCUGAGCAAGGAGGUGCGGAGGAGCCUCCGCCUGAGCUGCGCUCGCUGCCACCACCCACCGCUGGCCACCAAGGCCACCCUGACCCCUGCCUGUGGCAGGGACAGCACAUACGUGGCAGGGCAGCUGUUUCCCCCCCCAGGUGGUGGGUCCUUGGGGUCCCUGCACAGCACUGCACGCUCGGGCAAGAGCCACCACAGCUACAUCCCCUUCGUGCGGCGGGAGGAUUCAGGGCUGGCAGGCAGCCCGGGGCCGGCGCCAGUGCCACUGCCUGAGCAUGGGGGGCUCUUCCUUGAUGCCCAGGACCAGCCCGAGGAGCACGACACGGACUCAGACAGUGACCUGUCCCUGGAUGACCCGAGUGGCUCCUAUGGCUCCACACAUUCCUCCGACAGCGAGGAUGAGGGCCCCCGUGACUGGGACCCCCUGCCCGGAGCUCCCCUGGGUCCCCCUGGCCUUGGUGACUCCCUGGUGCCCCCGGGGUGCCCAUACUGGCCAGGGAUCCUGAAGAAGUGCCUGCCCCCCAUCAGUGAGCACAGCAGUGCCCAGCGCCCUGGGCCACCCCCACCACCUCCUGCUUGCACGGCUGCCUCCUCCGGCAGCGAUGGGGGGCCCCCCCCAGUCUCCCGACCUCGGCAGAGCCUCCAGGAGCAGCUCAGUGGCCUCACCCCCAUUGCCAUGAGCAUCCACACAGGCACCGCUGAUGAGGACUCCUCUGGCUCUGAGAGUGACGAGACCUCGAUCUAAUGGGGACCCACCCUGCGGGCAGCCCACCCACUGUGACAGGGACACCAGGACAGGGAGGGCACCAGGAAGGCGGGCGGGUGGGGGGGGGGACACACCAGGACCGGGGGGCACAAGGACUGGGAAGACAUCAGGAAGGGGCAGAGAGCCACAGCUCCCCUAGUGCACUUUGUAUCCUUUAGGAAUUGGCACCUUGAAGAGGUGGCACUGGGUGCUCCGGUUGCCCCCUGCCAUGAUCAGCCCCAGCCCCUUUGCCCAGUAGAGUGUUUUAUUUAAAAAAUACAUGAAAAUACAAAAAAAAAGGAAUUUACAACUAACUUCCCCCAUUGUGACAACCCCCGGGCCCCCCCAAGGUGCCAAUGCCCCCCCAAAUGUGCCACCUGUCCCAUGGUGCCAACUCCCCCAGGUAGGGGGGCAUGUGGAGGGGGAUCAGUUGGGGUUUAAAGGGAUGUCUGGGACCCCCCCGUGCCCAGUGGUGAAGCUCAGGUGGGGGAACCCAGGGAUGGGUGUUGAGGGGUGAGGAACUGGGUGCUGGGGGACAUGGGAGAUUUCCUACUGUUGGUGGGACCUUUUGUAAUUAAAGCAAAACCCAAUGAG